AAUUAAAUCACAAGAAAUCUUUCUAACCGUAUGAGACAUAUGAUAUAUGAACACACAUAAUUAAGUAAAUAUUUCUGGCGAAACUAACAGCGCGAAAUCCGAGAAGCACAGACCCAAUACGGUCAUCCACACCAUCCAUUUGAGAAGGACGAGUUCUGAUUGAAGUCUAUGGUGACAAUAUUUCUAUACAAUAAUCCCUACACUUAUGUACAUGUGGUAUAAAUAAAAUGUUGAAAGAAUAAAUAUGAAUAUGGCAUAAUUUGGAAAAUUCGAAUCUGCUGAGAACUCAAAUAAACAACGCUUUGUCUUGGAAACACGCUCCUCAUACUCCAAUUAUUUUUGGUAAUUGCAGCACGUUUGACGUCUUAGCCAAAGUAAAGUCUUAAGAAAGUCUGAAUCUUGUUUAAUCUAAGCUCGGAGCAAAUAUUUUGCACAGCUGUUUAGUUCCUUUUCUAUAAUCGUAUAUCGUGGGUUCAGUAUCAAGAAUAGAGUUUUAAUAUUUCUUUUUUUUUGGAACAAUAGAAGUACCAAAUGUUUUGGAACAAUGAGAAAUUUGCUUAACUGCACAAAAGCAUCUACGCAAAUAUCCAAAUUAUAGAAAAGACAAUAAACCCGAAUAUGUCGAUAAAGUAUAAAAGCAGCCCAGUUGUCGUUGUGGCCCACAGAUAAACUUGAGCCCACGUUCUUGGUAGACAAUGCGUAUAUUUUGUAUCGCCCUCUUGGGCACCUUCGUGGCACUCGCAUCCGGUGCUCACAUUCAUACGGAGACAGCAGUGAGCACCGAUACGGUGAAGCCGAAGCCAGGAACUACCGGUCCUUGUUGUGAAAGUGUGAGACAAACGCUCCUAGAUAUUCGGAAAGACAUUCGCUUGUGGCUCUUGGAUAGACUUUUCGGCAAAUUAAUACUUAUACACGAUGGUGAACUUGACGGAAAUCAUAAUCAUGUGAACUGUGCAAAUAAUCGGAUAACUUCAACAGCUGACGUUUUAGGAGCUCAGCAAAAUAACGCUCAAUUUGAUUCAAUCAUAAACGAUAUAAGAAAGACUAUUCCGCAUAAUCACAGAUCCUCGGGCCGUGUUGAUAAAAUAAUAAAGAGUGAAUCCAAAAAUCAAUCAAGUUCAAGCUCAACUACAACUACGACAUCGUCUGGUGGAGACUCCUCAAAAUCCGGCUCAACUACAACCUCUGAGGAAAGUAGUUCAUCGGUGGAUCCCGUCGUAGAAGAGAGUUCCGGACAGACUAACACUGUUGUUGAAACAGGCAGCAAUGUUGAAUCUGGAUACUCCUCGAACACGAUCACCUCUUCAACAUCAGGUGAAGACACUGUUGUUGGAGGUGGAAACUCACAGCAAUCAACUACGACAACGACAACCUCUGAAGAAUCCAAUGCAUCGGGGGAUCCCGUCGUAAAAGAAAAUUCCGGCGAGACUAACACUGUUGUUGAAACCGGCAACAAUGUUAAAUCAGAAUCCUCCUCGAACACGAUCACAUCUUCGGAAGAAACGAAUCAGUCUAGUUCAAUAUCAACAUCAGGAGGCGACACUGUUGUUGGAGGUGGAGACUCACAGCAAUCUGGCUCAACCACGACAACGACAACCUCUGAGGAAACCAUUUCAUCGGCGGAUCCCGUGGUAGAAGAGAGUUCCGGCGAGACUAACACUGUUGUUGAAACCGGCAACAGUCUUGAAUCUGGAUCCUCCUCAAACACGAUCACCUCUUCGGAUGAAUCGAGUCAGUCUAGCUCAACAUCAGGUGAAGACUCUAUUGUUGGAGGUGGAGACUCACAGCAAUCAGGCUCAACCACGACAACGACAACCUCUGAGGAAACCAUUUCAUCGGUGCAUCCCGUGGUAGAAGAGAGUUCCGGCCAGACUAACACUGUUGUUGAAACCGGAAACAAUGUUGAAUCUGGAUCCUCGUCGAACACGAUCACAUCUUCGGAUAAGUCAAGUCAGUCUAGUUCAAGUUCAACCUCAGGAGGCAACACUGUUGUUGGAGGUGGAGACUCACAGCAAUCUGGCUCAACCACGACAACGACAACCUCUGAGGAAACCAUUUCAUCGGUGGAUCCCGUGGUAGAAGAGAGUUCCGGCGAGACUAACACUGUUGUUGAAGACUCUAUUGUUGGAGGUGGAGACUCACAGCAAUCUGGCUCAACCACGACAACGACAACCUCUGAGGAAACCAUUUCAUCAGUGGAUCCCGUGGUAGAAGAGAGUUCCGGCCAGACUAACACUGUUGUUGAAACCGGAAACAAUGUUGAAUCUGGAUCCUCGUCGAACACGAUCACAUCUUCGGAUAAGUCAAGUCAGUCUAGUUCAAGUUCAACCUCAGGAGGCAACACUGUUGUUGGAGGUGGAGACUCACAGCAAUCUGGCUCAACCACGACAACGACAACCUCUGAGGAAACCAUUUCAUCGGUGGAUCCCGUGGUAGAAGAGAGUUCCGGCGAGACUAACACUGUUGUUGAAACCGGCAACAGCCUUGAAUCUGGAUCCUCCUCAAACACGAUCACCUCUUCGGAUGAAUCGAGUCAGUCUAGCUCAACAUCAGGUGAAGACUCUAUUGUUGGAGGUGGAGACUCACAGCAAUCAGGCUCAACCACGACAACGACAACCUCUGAGGAAACCAUUUCAUCGGUGGAUCCCGUAGUAGAAGAGAGUUCCGGCGAAACUAACACUGUUGUUGAAACCGGAAACAAUGUUGAAUCUGGAUCCUCGUCGAACACGAUCACCUCUUCGGAUGAAUCGAGUCAGUCUAGCUUAACAUCAGGUGAAGACUCUAUUGUUGGAGGUGGAGACUCACAGCAAUCUGGUUCAACAACCACGACAACCUCAGAGGAAACCAUUUCAUCGGUGGAUCCCGUGGUAGAAGAGAGUUUCGGCCAGACUAACACUGUUGUUGAAACCGGAAACAAUGUUGAAUCUGGAUCCUCCUCGAACACGAUCACAUCUUCGGAUAAGUCAAGUCAGUCUAGUUCAAGUUCAACCUCAGGAGGCAACACUGUUGUUGGAGGUGGAGACUCACAGCAAUCUGGCUCAACCACGACAACGACAACCUCUGAGGAAACCAUUUCAUCGGUGGAUCCCGUGGUAGAAGAGAGUUCCGGCGAGACUAACACUGUUGUUGAAACCGGCAACAGCCUUGAAUCUGGAUCCUCCUCAAACACGAUCACCUCUUCGGAUGAAUCGAGUCAGUCUAGCUCAACAUCAGGUGAAGACUCUAUUGUUGGAGGUGGAGACUCACAGCAAUCAGGCUCAACCACGACAACGACAACCUCUGAGGAAACCAUUUCAUCGGUGGAUCCCGUGGUAGAAGAGAGUUCCGGCCAGACUAACACUGUUGUUGAAACCGGCAACAGUCUUGAAUCUGGAUCCUCCUCAAACACGAUCACCUCUUCGGAUGAAUCGAGUCAGUCUAGCUCAACAUCAGGUGAAGACUCUAUUGUUGGAGGUGGAGACUCACAGCAAUCAGGCUCAACCACGACAACGACAACCUCUGAGGAAACCAUUUCAUCGGUGGAUCCCGUGGUAGAAGAGAGUUUCGGCCAGACUAACACUGUUGUUGAAACCGGAAACAAUGUUGAAUCUGGAUCCUCGUCGAACACGAUCACAUCUUCGGAUAAGUCAAGUCAGUCUAGUUCAAGCUCAACCUCAGGAGGCAACACUGUUGUUGGAGGUGGAGACUCACAGCAAUCUGGCUCAACCACGACAACGACAACCUCUGAGGAAACCAUUUCAUCGGUGGAUCCCGUACUAGAAGAGAGUUCCGGCGAGACUAACACUGUUGUUGAAACCGGCAACAGUCUUGAAUCUGGAUCCUCCUCAAACACGAUCACCUCUUCGGAUGAAUCGAGUCAGUCUAGCUCAACAUCAGGUGAAGACUCUAUUGUUGGAGGUGGAGACUCACAGCAAUCAGGCUCAACCACGACAACGACAACCUCUGAGGAAACCAUUUCAUCGGUGGAUCCCGUGGUAGAAGAGAGUUCCGGCCAGACUAACACUGUUGUUGAAACCGGAAACAAUGUUGAAUCUGGAUCCUCCUCGAACACGAUCACAUCUUCGGAUGAAUCGAGUCAGUCUAGUUCAAGUUCAACCUCAGGAGGCGACACUGUUGUUGGAGGUGGAGACUCACAGCAAUCUGGCUCAACCACGACAACGACAACCUCUGAGGAAACCAUUUCAUCGGUGGAUCCCGUAGUAGAAGAGAGUUCCGGCAAAACUAACACUGUUGUUGAAACCGGAAACAAUGUUGAAUCUGGAUCCUCCUCGAACACGAUCACAUCUUCGGAUGAAUCGAGUCAGUCUAGCUCAACAUCAGGUGAAGACUCUAUUGUUGGAGGUGGAGACUCACAGCAAUCAGGCUCAACCACGACAACGACAACCUCUGAGGAAACCAUUUCAUCGGUGGAUCCCGUGGUAGAAGAGAGUUCCGGCCAGACUAACACUGUUGUUGAAACCGGAAACAAUGUUGAAUUUGGAUCCUCCUCGAACACGAUCACCUCUUCGGAUGAAUCGAGUCAGUCUAGCUCAACAUCAGGUGAAGACUCUAUUGUUGGAGGUGGAGACUCACAGCAAUCAGGCUCAACCACGACAACGACAACCUCUGAGGAAACCAUUUCAUCGGUGGAUCCCGUGGUAGAAGAGAGUUCCGGCCAGACUAACACUGUUGUUGAAACCGGAAACAAUGUUGAAUCUGGAUCCUCCUCGAACACGAUCACCUCUUCGGAUGAAUCGAGUCAGUCUAGCUCAACAUCAGGAGGCGACACUCUUGUUGAAGGUGGAGACUCCAGUUCAUCGGUGGAUCCCGUCGUAGAAGAGAGUUCCGGCGAGACUAACACAGUUGUUGAAACCGGAAACAAUGUUGAAUCUGGAUCCUCCUCGAACACGAUCACAUCUUCGGAUGAGUCAAGUCAGUCUAGUUCAAGUUCAACCUCAGCAGGCGUCACUGUUAUUGGAGGUGGAGACUUACAGCAAUCUGGCUCAACCACGACCACGACAACCUCUGAGGAAACCAUUUCAUCGGUGGAUCCCGUAGUAGAAGAGAGUUCCGGCGAGACUAACACUGUUGUUGAAACCGGAAACAAUGUUGAAUCUGGAUCCUCCUCGAACACGAUCAUCUCAUCGGAUGAAUCAAAUGAGUCUAGUUCAAGUUCAACAUCAGGAGGCGACACUGUUGUUGAAGGUGGAGACUCACAGCAAUCUGGCUCAACCACGACAACGACAACCUCUGAGGAAACCAUUUCAUCAGUGGAUCCCGUAGUAGAAGAGACUUCCGGAGAGACUAACACUGUUGUUGAAACCGGAAACAAUGUUGAAUCUGGAUCCUCCGUGAAUACGAUUACUUCUUCGGAAGAAACGAAUCAAUCUAGCUCAACAUCAACAUCGGGAGGCGACACUGUUGUUGAAGGUGGAGACUUACAGCAAUCUGGCUCAACAGCCACGACUACCUCUGAGGAAUCUAGUGCUUCGGUGGAUCCCGUAAUAGAAGAGAGUUCUGGCGAGACUAAAACUGUUGUUGAAACCGGAAACAAUGUUGAAUCUGGAUCCUCCUCGAACACGAUCACAUCUUCGGAUGAGUCAAGUCAGUCUAGUUCAAGUUCAACAUCAGGAAGCGACACUGUUGUUGGAGGUGGAGACUCACAGCAAUCUGGCUCAACCACGACAACGACAACCUCUGAGGAAACCAUUUCAUCGGUGGAUCCCGUAGUAGAAGAGAGUUCCAGGCAGACUAACACUGUUGUUGAAACCGGAAACAAUGUUGAAUCUGGAUCCUCCUCGAACACGAUCACAUCUUCGGAUGAGUCAAGUCAGUCUAGUUCAAGUUCCACCUCAGGAGGCGACACUGUUGUUGGAGGUGGAGACUCACAGCAAUCUGGCUCAACCACGACCACGACAACCUCUGAGGAAACCAUUUCAUCGGUGGAUCCCGUGGUAGAAGAGAGUUCUGGCGAGACUAAAACUGUUGUUGAAACCGGCAACAAUGUUGAAUCUGGAUCCUCCGUGAAUACGAUUACUUCUUCGGAAGAAACUAAUCAAUCUAGCUCAACAUCAACAUCGGGAGGCGACACUGUUGUUGAAGGUGGAGACUUACAGCAAUCUGGCUCAACAGCCACGACUACCUCUGAGGAAUCUAGUGCUUCGGUGGAUCCCGUAAUAGAAGAGAGUUCUGGCGAGACUAAAACUGUUGUUGAAACCGGAAACAAUGUUGAAUCUGGAUCCUCUUCGAACACGAUCACAUCUUCGGAUGAGUCAAGUCAGUCUAGUUCAAGUUCAACAUCAGGAAGCGACACUGUUGUUGAAGGUGCAGACUCACAGCAAUCUGGCUCAACCACGACAACGACAACCUCUGAGGAAACCAGUUCAUCGGUGGAUCCCGUGGUAGAAGAGAGUUCCAGCCAGACUAACACUGUUGUUGAAACCGGAAAUAAUGUUGAAUCUGGAUCCUCCUCGAACACGAUCACAUCUUCGGAUGAAUCGAGUCAGUCUAGUUCCAAUUCAACAUCAGGAGGCGAUACUGUUGUUGAAGGUGGAGACUCCAGUUCAUCGGUGGAUCCCGUCGUAGAAGAGAGUUCCAGCCAGACCAACACUGUUGUUGAAACCGGAAACAAUGUUGAAUCUGGAUCCUCCUCGAACACGAUCACAUCUUCGGAUGAGUCAAGUCAGUCUAGUUCAAGUUCCACCUCAGGAGGCGACACUGUUGUUGGAGGUGGAGACUCACAGCAAUCUGGCUCAACCACGACCACGACAACCUCUGAGGAAACCAUUUCAUCGGUGGAUCCCGUGGUAGAAGAGAGUUCCGGCGAGACUAACACUGUUGUUGAAACCGGAAACAAUGUUGAAUCUGGAUCCUCCUCAAACACGAUCAUCUCAUCGGAUGAAUCAAAUCAGUCUAGUUCAAGUUCAACAUCAGGAAGCGACACUGUUGUUGAAGGUGCAGACUCACAGCAAUCUGGCUCAACCACGACAACGACAACCUCUGAGGAAACCAGUUCAUCGGUGGAUCCCGUGGUAGAAGAGAGUUCCAGCCAGACUAACACUGUUGUUGAAACCGGAAAUAAUGUUGAAUCUGGAUCCUCCUCGAACACGAUCACAUCUUCGGAUGAAUCGAGUCAGUCUAGUUCCAAUUCAACAUCAGGAGGCGAUACUGUUGUUGAAGGUGGAGACUCCAGUUCAUCGGUGGAUCCCGUCGUAGAAGAGAGUUCCAGCCAGACCAACACUGUUGUUGAAACCGGAAACAAUGUUGAAUCUGGAUCCUCCUCGAACACGAUCACAUCUUCGGAUGAGUCAAGUCAGUCUAGUUCAAGUUCAACCUCAGCAGGCGACACUGUUAUUGGAGGUGGAGACUCACAGCAAUCUGGCUCAACCACGACAACGACAACCUCUGAGGAAACCAGUUCAUCGGUGGAUCCCAUCGUUGAAGAGAGUUCCGGCCAGUCUAACAGUGUUGUUGAAACCGGAAACAAUGUUGAAUCUGGAUCCUCCUCAAACACGAUCAUCUCAUCGGAUGAAUUAAAUCAGUCUAGCUCAACGACAAAUUCUGGGGCUGAAAAUAAUGCUGGAAGCAGAGACUAUCAGCAAUCUGGCUCAACCACAGUUACGAAAACAUCUAAAAAAUCAAGCUCAUCAGUGGACCCUAUCGCAGUGGUUAAAAAUGGCAGAAGCAAGCAGUCUGGUACCUUGACAGCCACUAGAGUUGUUCGAGGUGGCAACACACACCGAUCAAGCUCCAAGACAGUUUCGACAACAGCUAAACAAAUUCCAACCCAAGGCGGCUCAAGGACGAGAAGAGUAACUUCGAGUGCUUGGUCAAAACGGUCUAGUUCAUCAACAAAGGGUACGAAGCCAUCAAGAAAGGUGGUUGUAAGUGUCAACUCUGGAAGUUCCACUGCAGAUGCUGGCGGCCGAAAAGGCGGCAAGUCCGGAACUCGCACUACCUAUACUUGGUCUAAGCAUUCCAGCUCCUCGGGCAUUCCGGGUGUUAUCGGAAAGGUCAUCAAGAGGGGUCAAGAAAGCAGCUUAUCCUCUGAUGUCGAAGAUAACCUUGAAACAGACGAUUCGCAAAUAAAUACUGGACAGAUCGCACUAAACAAGAAAUCAAAAAGAUAUGCCAGUAGAAGCAUGAAAGUAGGAGGCGCCCGAUAUGGAACUGGAGCAUAUCCAUACUGGUGGGGAUCGCAAGGAGCAUGGGUGGGAGCCAGUCCGACCUGGGACUAUUACGGAACUGGAUGGGGCAACGACGCUUGGAAUGGUCAAUACCUAAACUAACUUAAUCAAUGAGACUAACUGUCAAAUAUUUCCUUUUGUACAGCAAUAUAUGCGUAAAUGUUGACAGUUCUGUCUAUAAAAGUUGGUAAAAUAUACAUAUAUGCAAAUCAA